AUGGGAGAGUCGACUCUGGCUUAUAGAGAGAGUGAGAAUGAAGAGCUGAUCCCUGCCAUCUCAGGCAUCGAUAACCGUAUUGCUUGUCAUUUGUACCGAUUGUCGAGCGAUUCAAUGGAUUCGCACGCGAGUCACGCCAACCACACACACCAUACCAUUCAUCACAUCAAUACUAUCCAUAAUAAUACUAAUAGUAAUACUAAUAUCAAUAACAAUAAUAUCGUCACCAAUGGGUCACUGGUAUGCGAGGGAUGGCUAACCAAAUCGCCCACCGAGAAGCUGGUCUGGAAAACCAAAUGGCGGCGACGUUGGUUUGUGUUGAGACUGUCGGGUCAGAUACCCGGCCAAUACGUGCUCGAGUACUACGCCGACUCGUCUAAGAAGAAGAUCAAAGGAGUGAUCGAUUUGGAUCAAUGCGAACAAGUCGACGCUGGCCUACAACUCGAGGGCCGUAAAGAGAACUAUCAGCACAUGUUUGACGUGCGGACGUCUAAGAGGACCUACUAUUUGGUGGCCAACAGCGAGAGUGAGAUGAAUAAGUGGGUGGAGUGUAUCUGCAGUGUCUGUGGCCUCAAAAUACACGUCGACGAGGGACAGGACGAUAGGUAUUCGCCGCAACCGAGUCAGGAGUUUGCCUUCAGUGCCUCCAAUCAUAAUAAUAAUAAUAACAAUAAUAUUUCGACGACUAAUGCAAACUCGUCGACAACGACGACGACAGUGCCUUCCGCUGAGACGGCCAUCACUUGUGCCCCGACCUCGAGUGCAAUCGCCUCGUCGACCAACACAUUGACCAAAAACUCGACAAAACACUCGGAAACUGUGAAUAAUAUGAAAAAUAACUCAAAAUGCAAUACAAAGAGUGUGUCCAACACUCGCAUCUCGAUUGAGGGACCGUCGGGCCCUUACAUACCCAUCAGCGAGUGUCACACCGGGAAGCCUAUCAACGGUAGUCUAACCGAUUUGGAUGUCGUGCCUCAACUGCCGUCCAAACUAAGUCGUACGGUGUCUGACGAUUGCUAUGACAUCCCGCGCCAACUCAACCCUCAGACCGACUCCAAUGUUAACAUCAGGAGCUCUGAUCUGUUAGACUGUGUGCCAAAAGCGCCCAAAAGUGCCACAAAUCACGCGAAAGAUACCAGAAAUUCGGUGGACUCUUCACUUGUAUAUAGUGCCCCGAAAGUGAACUGGAGCACAUACCCGCGCGACUCACCCGAGGGUCAGGCCUUCCAGACACUCGACGCCACCCGCACUUCAGUCAGAAGCUGUAACGCGGCCGUAGAUGUGACGGCCAGACAUUGCAGUGUCAAUGACUCCGGCUUCGAGACGCAGAGGUCAUCGUCGCCGCUCAGCAGUGAUUUCAAUCGCGACUCCAUUCAAAGUACGGACGGCAGCGCCCACUUCCAGCCCCCGCCCCGACCGCCGAAGCCUCCCAGCCUUCGGAAAUCAAAGAGCAAAUCCGAGAGUUGCGGUUCCCUUCCGAAUGUCUCCCAAUUAUAUGACGUUCCCGUCACUCAAGUCGAGCACAACCUACACGCAGAGGACGACAGUUCACCCAAAUAUAAGUCGGCUGUCUGUCCGCAAAGUGAGGAUUCGCCCAAAUCUCCGGACGAGUUGUAUGACUUCCCGCGUAUGAACGCCCGCUCCUCAGAGGCAAUACAAUCGCAACAACCGCUUAAUGGCAGCCCUGACCGAGACGUGCCGCUACUGAACGCAACGGUUCCAAUCGUUUUCGAUCGCUCGACGUCCUCGAAGAAGCACUCGUACACUAACGCACCGGCAGGUUAUUUCACCAACAAAGAGACCGUUUUCAACUACGAAUACAAACCCACCCUUUCCUCCGGUGCGGACGACAACAACUCAAACGCCUUCGCCGUCAGCGCCAACACUGUCGACUCGGCACAAGACAGGAGUCCACUCACCCCUAACUCAGCCUCGUAUUGCAAUGCUUCUCACAUUUCUAGUUCCUUACCAAACAGUCUGAUUGUGGGUCCGCCCGCUGUCAACCGGGAGUUGAAACCCCGGCGCAAGGGCUCCGACAGCGACAGUACGGCACUGCCGUCGCCCACUAUGAAGACGGCUCCCAUGCAGUUACAGCCGCCGCCCGCUCUGACGCGCAUUCACAGCGCGCCCACGAAAAGGAGUUUUAGGAAACCCAGAAGUUCAGGACAAUCUCAGGUGACAAUCAACGGAACGCCUCCGAGAAUUCCUUCGCGAGUCUUACAGAACAGUCACACCCGCGAGCCCUCCACAUCCGAGGACGACGUGAGCCUUAAUGGGAACGGCAGUCGACGUAACUCAGCCAAUGAAGAGGUUAAGGGAACGGUAGUACCGCCGCCGCGCAGGCCCUUUGAUCCCUCGGAAAUUCAAUACUUAGAUCUGGAUCUGGAGUCGGACACCAACUCCCAGAGCCCCAGAACGCCUAAUGAACACAAUCACCAGCGAAGCGGUUCCACGCUAUCCAAUAAGGAGUUGUCCACAAACCCGAGUCAAUGCCAACCGGCCAUACCAUGCGGUGGGUCGGGCUCUACAGUCUAUAAAACUGUAGAUUUCGUGAAAACAACUGCUUUUAACAAAAUGCGUGUAAAUCAGGAGUCGUAUAGGAAUUCAAAAGAGAAAUGAGUGUUAGUUUCGAUGAUAUGUUAUGUAAAUUGGGAGCAAAACCAGAGAACACAAGUUUUUAUAGUAUUUUUUGCUUUGAACACACAGUUUAUAUAUAAUAUAAAUAAUUAUGAAAAAGUAUUUUUGAAAUUAAACUAUUAGUGCCAUAAAGAUGCGAAUCAAUAGUUUAAUUGAGAAACAAAUUAUAUUAUAUUUAAUUACCGGCU